GCCAAAUCGGUGUGCGUGGUUUUGUGUGAAGAACGACAGGAUUGAGGCGGAGAGUGCACGAGACCGAGCGCCAUGGAGCGGUGGAUUGCAUUGCCUUGCAGAUGCUUAUUACAGGGGCUAGGAUUGUGUAUAUCAAUAUGGGUCGUUGCAGCUGCCGCAUCUGAAAAAGCAGAUCCAAUUCCCAAGCCAUGGCCACUUCAAUUCCACGCACAGCUUUAUCAGAAUCGGACUGGAAAGCUGUCCAUGAUUGACUUGUGGUAUGACUAUCCCAACGGGCGUAAUCUCAACCUUAUUCAGAAACAGCUUGGAUCAGUGAUUCAUGAUGUGGAGUACACCAAUGGCACCUCGUUCUACUAUGAUCUGGAAGCAGGUACUUGCAAGGUGGUCUUAUUUCAAGUCGGAAUUCUUCGGCCUGACUUUUUGAAUGAUGCUACCUACGUUGGUGUUGACGAAAUCGACGGCUAUAAGUGCAAUGUGUGGGAUAAAGCUGACUUUAUACGAUACUGGGAAGACAUUGAAACCCGAAGGCCAAUUUCUUGGCUUUUUACUACUACUGGAAUGUGGAUGCAUGUUAUGAAAUUUGAGGAAGGAAAUGUACUUGACGACCAGAAAUGGCAAGCACCUCCAUCAUGCUUUGAGCGAAGGGUAGCUUCUACGACCUCGUCUGCUUUGAAAGCGAGCGAGGUUGGGGAGCGAGAAAGGCAAGGUAUAUACAUAAAGAAGGCAGUAGUAGCCCGCAAAGCUAUGUACCACAGCGAUAAAUAGAGUUCGUGUCUUUGGCAGAAUCUUCUCAUGCUGAAAUGAAAUUUUAAACCUUGUAAGCGGUUUUGGGGGUCCAGUUGAAGCAUCAACUAAAGAGUAAUGGAGUGAAGAUUGCGGCUACAAUAACCAUGAGCUUGUUGAAACAUGUGAUAUUGCCGCAAUCUGUGAUAGCUCGAGCAGAGUAAAAGCGCAAAGCAGACGUGACUUGGGCGAUAUGAAAUGAAAGAAAACAGUAAUUUUCAUGCACACAUUAUUUGUUAAGUGUGCAAGUGAACUGUGUACGUUACCAAUAUGCCAUAGCCUUCGAGAUAUUUCUCUUGGAAUUUGACGGCUUCAUGUCUGCUGGACGUAAAUAUGAACUGUAAUGGAUUGUUACAGUUGUAAGGUAAUUGUGUGCAAGAUACUUACUUGUAACGGAUUGCCUAUGUAUUGUCACAAUCGGGGUGUACAUUGUACAUUUUCCGUCUGUUCAUGUAAUCAAAAAAACUUUUCACA